AAUAAUUUGUAAUUAUUGUGUAUAUUUAAGUACAUUAAAGAAAAACAUAAGCAAAGAAAGAUAAAAGCAAAAACAGACUCUCUACAACCUAUUAUUAUCAGCUACAAAAUUACAAGUAAAGCUAAUAAGGAGCUCUAUCAUCUUCUAGCAGGAACAACAGCAAUAGAACAUGAAAGAGAGCCUCUCUUUGGUCAGAUGAGUUUUUUCUGUUCUCUGGAUUAUUUGGUGCUUCUGCACACCUCAGUCGUGGUUAUAGGCUGCCUUGAAUUUAGUGAAGUGAUGAACUGAAAGUGAGUUUCCAAGGAUUGAUGAAAGCUUAGACAUGGAAGAAAUGAAAAAAUCCAGCAGAAACCUUUCAAAUAUUUAAAGCAAAGCUUUAUAUGUAAACAAAGGAAAUGUUGUUAUUCUAAAACACAACAGCUGUGUCUCUUUUAGAUGUGGAUUUCUGUAUGCUUAUGGAACAUUAUGUGCGCGAUAUGUGAUGUCUGCAUUGAUGUUUGGACAAUGCAACUGGAUUACUGAACCAAAACUGUAUUUUUAAUAGAUUUAAUUGGUGCAUUUGUAAAUGUCUUACACAAGUAAAAUGUCCUAGAACUAACUAUAGAGCAGAGUGUGCAGCCUGCACAAAGAAAGCAAAACUCAGAUCAGCGUCAAGCUGCAAGAAAAAAAGAUUAAAGUUUCAUUCUAAAAUAUUUUCAUGUCAUUCAGCUGUGUAUAAAUUGUGUUGAUUCAUAUUUUAGACACAAUCUAUCUGAUAUAUUUGCUACAACAAAUAUCAGCUCCAAAAGCUUCAAUUCCUUAUUGUUUCUCUGCUGUUUUCAGAUUAUGCAGACGGCCUUUAAGUACUUUUGCUCAUAUGAGAUCACUUUAAAAGACUAUAAUUAUAUUUUUUGCAGCAUCAACUUCAGUUAACAUUGAGAAAUGGAAAGUCUGAACGACCAACCGUCAUCUAGAGUAACAAAAUGUCUCAUUUUACAAGCUCAUUCUCUUUGCUUUGCAGCUUUGGCAAAAGAUCAGAGGAGAUAAAGAUACAUUCUUUCACUUUGAGCUGGAAAAUGUCUCCCUGGCAAAAACGAAACAUUAAAAACAUUAAUAUGAUUUUAUUUGCCUGUCUGGGUCUCAUCACAGCACACUUACAUGUGACUGUCACCAUUUCUGUCCCUAUCUACUAAUGCAAACACUUCUGUCUGUCUUCUUAAGCUAUCCGUCAGUACAUCUUCUGCUUUCAUUUUCAGGAGCAACGCUUUUCCAGUCUGCAAUGUUUAAUAAAUAAUUCUCCAGUUCAGCUGCGGUGGAUAUUUCCACCUCCUCAACAUGCAGACAUGUGUUGUCAUGGAAAAUUUUAACACUGAACUCUUGAUGGCAUCUUAUGAUAGAUAAACACUACAGCCUGUGCCAGCAAAAAGUCACAAAGCUACAUAUUUCAGAAAAAAUCAUUAAUGUGCAAAAGUCUAAAUAUGAUGUGCUGACAUGAAAACCAAAACACACAGAACACACUGUGCAGUAGAAACAGCAGUUGCUCUUUAGUUUAAAUAAGUGUUAGGUCAGCCUUAGAUCUAGAUUAUUUGUAAAUUACAGUAGCUUGCAAACGCAACUUAAAAUUUUUCACAUUUUGUCACCUUCAUUACAACCACAAACUUUAUGCAUUUACCUAAACCCAAUGAUGUAGAAAGAAACAUUUUGUAAUUUUGGUCUCAUCUGACCAAGUCGUCUCUUCCAUCUUUCUACUGUGUUUUCCUCACAGUUUGCAUCAAACUUUAAACAGGACUCUCUGCAUCUCUCUUACCAUGACAGCUUUCUUCUUGCCAUUCCAUAAAAACCAGGUUAGUGAAUCGCUCAUCUAAUACUUCUGUCAACAGAUCCAACCAGCUGAGCUGUGGGGCUCUGCAGCUCCUCCAGAGCAUCUUAGCUGCAUCUCUGAUUAAUUCUCUCUCAUGAUCUAACUUUAAACUUCUAACCCACUUUGGACUCUAUUAUUUGACUUCUGAAUACAUUUUGUGUCGGCCAAUAACAUGCAAUCCCUUUAAAAGAUAUUAAAGUUUGUGCUUGUUGUAUAACAAAAUGUGAAUUCUGUGAGCCUCUGUAACCAGAUGUUGAGCCAGUUUGUUUUGUCUUGUAUUUCAUGACUGCUAUUGUUACACUGAAAUGUUUUUGCUGCACAGCCAAAGUAACUACAGAGUGAUGAAUCUUAAACUUUAAAACAUCGGUGAAGGGCUUCAUAUUAAACUCUAAGCAAUAUAUUUCCUUGUCUACGAAGCCAAGUUUACAGUAAAUAGUUUAGAGGAACAUCUACUGUUUAACGUUACCUAGAGGUCUCAGCAGAAACCCACAAAGUCCUUCCAGUGUGAAUGUGUUCCUUCCUGUUGUCUAUAUAUUUCUGAUAACUGCAUUUGUUUGACAUAAAACCAUAUUGAUCGUGUCUGUGUUGUCAGGUUGUCUUGUCUGGAGGUUAACUCGAACUCAGAACUGACGUGAUUACUAAACCAACAGAUUUCCUCCAAGGUCACGCCUGAUUCUCAGGCGUCAGACUUUUAGAAAACAGCUCCCUCCUGCGCACGCACGCAGAAACACGGCCAGGACGUGAUCUCGCACACACGGCCGCGCAGACUGAGAUGCAGCAAGGUCGUAUCAUUAUUAGAGCUCCACAUACACAGCUGUCACAUUGAGACUGCCCAAGUUACUUGUAUCCUAGCAACAGAUUCAGGCAUCGACCUUUUUUUUUGAAAACAGAAGCACUGAAGCCAAGUUGUCCCUUUGUUUUCUCUACCUGCUUGUUUUUGCUCCUCUUCAGAUCUCGUUAGUGUCUCCACUUCUCAUUUUCUGUCGUCUUUGUCUAACUCAGUCUUUCUCUCCCACUCUGACUCUUAGAAUGAAGAGUCUGCAGGUAAAUAAAGCAAAGAGUUUUCAUGAAGAGAGUUCUUUCUCAUAUUUCUGCUGGAGCUCCCAAUCAAGCUGCUUCCCAAUGAACUAACAACCAGAUCGUCUGUUUUAUGCGUUUUGGGGGAAAUUCCCUUUACAUUCCCAGCACUUGUUUAAUCCCUUUUCAUCGCUUAGCUACACCUCUUGAGAGAUUUAAAAGAAAAUCAGUUUUAGCACAAAUGAUGCAAACUCCAGUAUCCAUGGUGAUGGGGAUUGUCUUCGCUCCUCUGGGACUUGUCCUUGUCUUCACUGCCGCCAUCACCCCUCAGUGGCGGGAGGGUCAGGCUCGCCUGAACAUCGGGGGGACGGGAUCUCUCCUUCGAUCCGGAGCAAAGGGUCAAGGUGUGGGUGUCAGGUCCGGCUCGGUGGAGGCCCUGCUCCUGCUGCGCUCCGACGGCCUGUGGGAGAGCUGCUUACAGGUGGAGCAGUCCGAGCUGAAGCAGUGCUGGCCCAUAGCCGGCCCGUACCAGAGAGACGCCCGGGUUCGGCUGGUGCAAGGCCUGGUGCUCACGUCCUUGUUCCUGUGCGGCAUCGGGAUUGUCCUGGCUUGCAUCGGGGUCCGAUGCUGGACAGAUCUGCCUCUGAGGAGGGUGGCGGCUUCAGGCGGACUCCUGGUGGUGGCCGCCGGCCUUCUGAGCCUGACCGGGUUGGGGGUUUACACCCACAACCUCAGGAGACUGGGGGUGGAUCCCAGUCAAGGACUCAACAACCCCAAGUUCCCCCAGCUCAGCCUGAGUCCAGCCGGGUCGCUCUACUUCGGGUGGCUGGGUUCUUGUUUACAGGUGCUGGGAGGCGGAGCGCUGCUGUUCAGCUUCAAGCGACCGAGAUGUCCGACUUGCCCGUCCCGCCAGGAGCAAGCCGUCUGUCCUGCGUGCCACUCGUGUCCAGAAAUGACCAGCAAGACCGACGUGGACGUAUAUGAAGUCAGCUGUUAGAAUGUGAGCACAAAAAACAAGCUUUUCUUCGAUACUCGUCAGAAUCAAACCGAACCGAGUCUCUGCGAUUAAUCUCAAAAUUUCAGAUUUUCAUUUCUCACAAGUUUUCGCCUUUUGGAUCUCCGAAAUUUCCACGUUUCCUAUAGAAAAUCUCUGAGGCCAAAAUCAAAAGUUCUAAUUUAUUUCUGACAAACCUUUUGAUUUUCGGAACUCAUAAAUGUUAUUGUUUUUUUUUUUUCUUUAAAAAAUUCUGAGAUUAAUUUCAAAAUUUCAGAUUUUUUUUGUUCAAAUUUACAAUUUUUUCUAUCUACAAUGGAUCUAAAAUGUUGUACUACUCAGCAAGAGACAAAAAAGUUGUGUUUCUUUAGGGCUGUGAAAAUUAGCGCGUUAUUCCAGUGUUAAUUCAGACUCGUUCUACGGCAUUAAUAUUUUUGGGCCUGAUUUACACACAGGCUGUCAACACAAAUGUGCACAAAACAGACGUUUUUUCACAAUGAAGGAAGUAAAAUUUGGAGUAAAUAUUAUUGCUGAUCCAUAUUGGAGUCUUGAAAAUGUCCUGUAAAAUAAUCCUGACAAAACAAAGUUUACUGUAAAAAUAAAUCGAAAAAUCUUGCAGUAAGAAAGAUACUUAAAUAAGUAUGGAUUUGUGAAGCUUUUUGCCUUUCUGUACAUUAGUUUGAGUCAGAAAAAGGCUUGUAGCCACGUCAGAGAACCAGUGUUAGCAGUUUUUAGAUGAGGCUGUUGGAUGUUAAAUGGUUUUAGACACUGGAUUUCCUGUGUGUUGUUAGCAAAAAUGGACAGAAAACAAACGAGAUGAUCUGAUGAUGUGAUUGUGUUUCUUUAAAUGUCAGUCUUCUGUCACAGUCACCAGGAGGCGAUCAGCGGUGAGAUUAAGUGGUGAUCAAGAUUGUUUAGUUGUGUUUUUGUUUGUAUAUUGUGAGUUCAAUAAAACAUUUGAAUGAUACAAAAAGUAAAUAAUUGGUGAAGUUUGUUUGGGUAAUGAAGACAUUUAUGGACAAAACAAAAUGUUGCAUCUAGUAAAUGUCAAUGUUAGCAAAUUAGAAUAACAUCAAAAAGUUCAUUUAAAUGUUGGAACUGAAAUAUCACUUAUUAGAGAAUUAUGAUUUCUUGAGCUGUUAGGCACAAUCCUCAAUAAUAACAGAAAUAAAUACCUCUCUGUAUGUCAUGUUUUCAAAAUUUAUUUUUCACUUUUUGAUAUGAGAUGAUCCUGUAUCAUUACUUUACAUUCAACUAAAGAUA